CUCCGCGCCACCCGCCCCCGGUGCUCUCUGCGUCCAGUGCGGAGCUGCCGCAGCACUCACCCAGCACCUCUCGCAGCCGCUGCAGCCCAGACGCGCGCCUGGAGCCCGGAGCUCCCCCGAGCUAAGGGUCCGAGCUGAGAGGGCGGCUGGGAAACCGUGAGACAAUCAGAGACUUGGGACCUCUCUCUUGCUGGCAACAGAGAGAAACAGGGAAAGCCCGAGGGGCGCAGGCACAGAGCUGUGGGGUCCGAGGGCAGAGGUCCGCCGCGGCGCGGCAAAGGCAGCCGAGCACCUAGGAGAGUGAGCAGACCGUCCCGGGAUCUGUGUUCUCCCAGCUGGCCGGAAGGCACCGACUCUCUGGGUCAGUUUCAGGCAGGGCGGGAGAAAAGCUCCAUGGAAGCGCUGGUUAGCGCAGGUCCGCGCGAAGCCAAGUGAGGAGGUCCAACAGGGGUCGGCAGGACCCGCGGGCCAUGUACGGCGACGUGUUCAACGCCACGGGCGGCCCCGAGGCGGCGGUUGGCGGUGCUCUGGCCCCGGGAGCCACCGUCAAGGCAGAGGGCGCUUUGCCUCUGGAGCUGGCCACCGCGCGCGGUAUGCGGGAUGGCACGGCCACAAAGCCCGACCUGCCCACCUACCUGCUGCUUUUCUUCCUGCUGCUGCUCUCGGUGGCGCUCGUCGUCCUCUUCAUCGGCUGCCAGCUGCGCCACUCGGCCUUCGCCGCGCUGCCCCACGACCGUUCGCUGCGCGACGCCCGUGCUCCCUGGAAGACUCGGCCGGUGUAGUGGUGAACUGAGCCAAGGUCGCUGGGUGCACUGUCCAGGUCUCGCCAAGGCACUCCAGCAUGAACCCGGCAGAGCGGGAUUGAUAUCUGAGGUUGCAGGUCCCUGGGAACACUUUGCUCAGACCCUUUCCCACCUAGAGCGGCAACCGAAAAGUAAAAAGAGAUGAAGGCGUUUGGAGGCUGCGCAGGGUCCCUAGCCCAGUACCUGAAAGGGUGUCUUUCUUCCCGGGGUCCAGUGUUUCUUCCCCUGGACAGAGGGUGCAGUCGGGGAACCAUCUUGAAAGACAGUGUGCCCACUUGGGCGCAGAAGCCUGGCCUGCUACCGAAGGGGCAGGCACCGCCGGUACACAACUAGCCAGGAGCUGCGCGUCCGGACUCCCAGGCCCUGUGAAUAUUUCUCUCGGAGGAUGCUACAACCUUUCUUGGUCCUUGGCACUGAGAAUCCCCCCAGGAUCCUAGCGUGAACUCAGUCGGACUUUGGAAUGAUGUUCAUAGGGAACCGCGUUCCCCUAGGGACAUGAAAGGACGCGGAGUUUCAGUGGGUCCCGGCUAGGUCCAAAUAACCCAAUUCCUUCAGGCAGGGAUCGAGAGGGGGCCGGUGGAGAGGCACACAG